CAAAUCCCUGCGUACAUCUGGCAAAUUGCAAAUGGUAAUUUUACUAUUUUGUGAAGGGCAAAAAGUGAAUUUGAAGAAAUAUGUCGGAUUCUGCAGAUCACGAGCAUGAUGCUUUAGAAAAAGAAAUUAUUUCUUUUUUGGAAAAGGCAUCAAUGAUGGAUUCUACAAACCAUAUUGGGAGUGCAGACAGCGGGGUGUCUGUUGGUGAAAGAUAUAUUUUUGAAGCCAGUGAUUCAAAUCUUAAUAGUGAAUUUAUUAAAUCCUCUGAACAACUGCAUUCUAAAGCAAAUAUUGGCAAUGAAAGAUCAAUUCCAAUCCAAAUUGAGUGCAAUUAUGAUGGAAAUGGCGCCAAAUAUUCAGCUGAUCUUGAAUGCAACUCCACCAAACCAAACCAAAUCAGCCAUCUUGAACGACUGAUCAGAACUCACUCAAUCUGGUUUAUAGCAGACCUAUCAAGAGAAGAGGCUGUUAGAAUACUACACGCUAAAGAAGAAGGGAACUUUUUGAUUCGGCAAUCCAGUCAUGCAAAUACACUGGCACUAUCCAUCAAGCUUGGUUCGGUAGAUGGGUUUCAAGUUAAUCACUUCAUUAUCCUAGCUUCAGAAAGUGGAAUAAGGCUUGAAGACUCAUCCCGUCUUUACGAUAAUAUUUUAGGAUUAGUUCAUCAACAUUCAAUACAAAGAUGUGAGCUGCCUGUGUUGCUAGCCCUACCGGAAAUACUACGGGAAACCGGAAGCAGACAAUACCUUGAUUCUUUAGCACUUUUGGGGAAAGCGUUCUGGCGAUAUCCAAUGUCUAAUCCUGGAAGAAGAUCUCAAAUCCUCCCUGAAGCCCAGAAUGUUCAGAAUAAUAUCCACCUCAAUGGAAAUGUCCAAAAUAUCCACGCUAGUCAAACAGGAUAUAACAGUGAACGGUCGAUAUUGGAAAGUACGACUUCACUCUUAAUGGGUCAACAUAAAAUACUUAAUUCUGAUUGGUCAGACGAAUCCCAGAGCAGGGAAGAAAGCAUUUUAGUCAACGAACCCGACGGAAUAAUGCAAUAUAAGUAUUGUGAUUAUAAAAUUGUCGAGAAUAUGCCUGACAAUACAAAUCCUUCCCAGGAAUCACCUUGGAGUAAUUCCCUGUGGAUCGGUUCAGGAUCCCAUAUUCCUACUGAUCCUAUUAAUACUCUUGAGUAUCCUGUGAAUGCAUUAAUCAAUGAAUCAGAUGCCGGACUGAACUCCAGGAAUCCUGAUCAUCCAAUCAAUCAUAUCGAGGACCUAACACCACUAAUUAGGGCACCCUCCUGCUCCUUGAGGGCCGGGAUACAGGCAACACUCUUAGAAGAAGAAGAAGAAAAAAGAAAAAACAGCUGGAUCCACUCCCCCUUUUACAAUGAAGAAAAUGUUGGUUCGUCGGCUCAGCUGCACCCUGAAUCUUCUAGGCAAGGACAACACAUACAUGAACGAGCUUAUCCUCAGAGACCAGAAAUGAGAUUGGGAGCUCACCAGCAGAGACCAGAAAUGAGACUGGGAGCGUACCUGCAGAGACCAGAAAUGAGACUGGGAGCUUAUCAGCAGAGACCAGAAAUGAGAUUUCAAGCUGACCAGCAGAGACCAGAAAUGAGAUUGGGAGCUCACCAGCAGAGACCAGAAAUGAGACUGGGAGCGUACCUGCAGAGACCAGAAAUGAGACUGGGAGCUGACCAGCAGAGUCCAGAAAUGAAUCCUAGACUUCGAGCUGACUAUUUCCGUUCUUCUAUUACUGACAAGAUGUCCGAUUACGAGGAUAUUUGGGAGGGAACUCCAGAGCGGGAAACAAGAUCAUCAACCAGGUUUAACAGAUCCUUGACUCCAAUACAAUCUGAAGAAUACUUUAAGGCUUACCUGUUGGGGAAACUUCAAGGGAAAGACCCUCCUCUCAGUUCCCCCAGAAGUUAG